AUGGAUCGUCGAAAUGAUGAAUCGGGUUGGAACAUUCCCAAGAAGAAGAAUCCCAAAUCCACCCAAGGUGCUAGUUCCAUGAACAUGACAAUUCCCAAGAAGCGGCCGUCACAAGGAAGUUCAUCAUCCUCCUCCUUGACUGGAUCCAUUCCACGAAAGGGACCUUCCAAUGCCCUGCCGCCACCACCUAUUCCACGCAAGUCCUCUUCUGGUGUCAUACCGAGAAAGUCUUCUUCGUCGUCGUCUGUUCCAAGGAAAUCAUCCUUCAGUGACGGGGGUUCUAUACCGAGACGACCGUCCCAUGGCAACGGAGGUUCGACACACAGUAGUAGAGGUUCCUAUGAUAGUGGCGGCGGGUCAAUACCGAAACGACCAUCUCAUGAUGCUAGCAGAGGUUCCAUCCCACGGCGACCGUCCUAUGACAACAACAAUUCUAGUAUACCGAAGAAGCAUCAUGCAUCCUCGUCGUCACAUUCCAUUCCAAGAAAGACAGACAAGAUUCCAAAGAAAAGCUCGUCCAUCCCUUUGCACAAGUCAUCUUCUUCAAGUCAUGGCUUUGAUAACCCCUCGCGGCAUCCACCACCACAGCGUACCAAGAGACCAUCUCGCAGUGGGUGGGAAAACUUUAUUGUUACGGAACGGCCAUUGGUCAUUCGGAUACCUCUCAAGGGUGUAUCCAUGAUUGAAGGGAUUCCUCCGCCCAUGUCACAGGAUGGUGGUAUUGGGAGAAAACGCAAGAGCGUGUCCUAUCAAGAACUGGACGACACGGAUUCGGACGACUACAUGACAGAAGAAGAAGAGCGCCGUUUGAAGGCCAAAAAGAUUCGUCUGAGCAAGAAAACGACAGCCAAUCCCCAAUCCAACGAUGCCUCGGGGGAGAAGGCAACUGGAACAGACGUGGACGACACUGUCAGUGCUGCUGCAGUUGCUCCGGCACCAGUGGCGGUGGACGAUUCUAACAUUUCCAAUUCCGACUUUUGGGCGCUGAACAAUAGCUUGUCGGUAGAUGCGCCACCGCCUGGAACCCUCAAUACACUUUGGUAUUCGCGAGAAUGUUUUGGACAUGUUUUGGUCGUGGAAAAGAUUCUGGCUUGGAAGAUGCGACCAGUGUCCAAGUUGGAAUGGGUACCAGAGACAUUGACUCCCAAAGAGGAAGGAUACAUUCAACCUCGACCGGCUAUCGAUACUGCAUUGGCUGCCAAGUUGUCGAACAUGGCGCUUACCAAUCCUGUCAUUACUUCGGAUGCCAACAAACGCAUGGAAGUGAGUCGCCUGGCUCCUGCAGAGUGUCCCAUCGUCAUGACAAUGGCGGUAAGUACACAGGACGACGAGGAAAAGCCCGAACAGAAAGAAGGUGACGACGAAGGUGACACCACCAAGCCAGAGCCAAAAUAUCGAAUCAAGGCACUUCAAGAAAAGGACCGCGAAGAAGUCUACCUUGUCAAAUGGAGAGGAAGGUCACACUUGCAUGCAUCUUGGGAACGGGGGUCAGAUAUCAUCAAGUACGAUCAGUCCAAGAAUACAGCGCGGCACAAGAUACGCCGUUUUGUACAGUCGCAGGAACUCAUGUAUGGCAAGAAUUGGCGAAAAGUAUUGGAAGAAGAGCGAAGUACGGCCGCCACCAUUCAUGCGCAUGGACUACAAGACGGUACGGUUGACAAAGAAACGGUGGAUGAGGAUUAUUAUCCUCCCGCUUGCACCGAAGUGGAGCGAAUAUUGGCUUGUGAUGAGUCUGAAAUGGACAUGAACUUGUUUGCAAAGCAACGCGCUCGAAACAUUCUGCGAGAUCAGCAAAUUUUGAAGGAAAAGGAAUCAAAUACAACGAAAAGAUGGAAUUCCAAAGAGGGUCUGGCUGGAUUACUGAAAGAGAUUCCAUGGGAUCCCGAAGAUAAUGUUCGGUAUGUGGUCAAGUGGAAGACCCUUCCGUUUUCCGAGGUGACCUGGGAAUACUGGCGAGACAUCAAGCGUGAUGCUGUGGAUGAAGCGGAAGACUUUUGGACACGCCAAAAGCCACCAGAACAAAAUGUAAUCGAUCGGAACAACCGAUCGCAUCCGCAUAUUCGAGACUUUCGUAAGAUGCAAGAGUCGCCAGUAUAUGGGCUUUCGAAGCGAAAGCGUCAUAUUGCUGAUUUAGGUCAAGAUAAGGAGGAAGAUGGCGACGACGUGAAGCAAGGGUUCCGUCUACGAAGCUACCAGUUGGAAGGAGUGAAUUGGCUCCUGUUCAACUGGUGGAAUAAACGAUCCUGUAUUCUGGCGGACGAGAUGGGUUUGGGAAAGACGAUUCAAUCGAUGUGUUUUCUUAGAAGCCUUCAAGACGAUCCAACUACUGGUGUGCGGGGGCCGUUCUUGGUUGUUGCUCCACUGUCAUUAAUUGGACAGUGGCAAUCGGAGGCGAAAACCUGGGCACCUGAUCUGAAUGUUGUUCUAUAUCACGGCUCUGCGGACGCGAGAGACUUCCUUGUAAAGCAAGAGUUCUACUAUACUGAUCAGUUUGUUCCAAAAGCAACAGCAAUAAAGCUGAAGAAGCAACAUGUCACAAAGUUUCACAUCCUUAUUACGACCUAUGAAGUUGCAAUGAAAGACACUAAUAUUCUCUCCAAAAUUCGAUGGCGGGCUUUGGUCGUCGAUGAAGCUCAUCGUCUGAAAAAUCCAAAAUCAAGACUCUUUGCAGACCUUGCUGCUUUUCCUCGCGACUACUGCCUCCUCUUGACCGGAACGCCUCUGGCAAAUGCCACGGAAGAGUUAUGGGCACUUUUGCAUUUUGCGGACAAUUCCGCUUUCAAGUCAAAGGAUGAUUUUCUUGACAAGUUUGGGCAGCUCACGGAUGCAGAUCAAGUCAAGGAGUUGCACACUGUUCUAAAACCGUACCUGCUUCGGCGCAUGAAGGAAGACGUAGAAAAGUCGUUGCCUCCAAAGGAAGAGACUAUCUUGGAAGUUUCUCUGACGCCUGUUCAAAAGAAGUUCUACAAGGCAAUCUAUGAACGGAAUACGACUUUCUUGUUCAAGGGAUCGAAACCAAGCAACGCCCCAAGCCUCAUGAAUGUGAUGAUGGAACUUCGAAAGUGCUGCAACCAUCCAUACCUCAUUCGUGGUGCAGAAGACCGAAUUCUCACAGAUGCUGCUCUGGAAAAGAGAGCACUCGAGCCGGCUGUUCCUCCUGACCCAGUCGCGUUGUUUGGGGAACAACUGAUCAAGAGUUCAGGGAAAAUGGUCCUCAUUAGCAAGCUUCUUCCCAAACUUUUGGCCAACGGCCACAAAGUUUUGAUAUUUAGUCAAAUGGUACGAGUUUUGGAUCUACUGGAAGAGGUGAUGAAGCUGAUGAAGUACAAAUACGAACGUCUUGAUGGCUCUACAUCCUCAUCAUCGCGUGCUGCAGCUGUGGAUCGAUUCGUCCGAAAGUCGUGUCAGCGCUUUGUGAUGUUGCUAAGUACUCGAGCAGGAGGUCUGGGUCUGAAUCUAACGGCCGCUGAUACCGUUAUUAUUUUCGAUAGUGAUUGGAACCCCCAAAAUGAUUUACAAGCAAUGGCCCGAGCCCAUCGAAUUGGGCAGACAAGGGCUGUUCGCGUCUACCGACUCUUGACUGCAAAGACGUACGAGAUGCAUAUGUUUCACAGUGCGAGUAUGAAGUUGGGUCUCGAGAGAGCGGUGCUGUCACAACAAAGAGAUCAGGGAGAAGGAGAACAAGAUGAAGGCGGGCAACCGAAGUCCACAGCCAAGAGCGACCGGGAAGCGCAGGCAAAAGAAAUUGAUUCUCUGCUCAAGAAGGGUGCAUACGACGUUUUUAAGGACGACAAUGACGAAGAAGCAAAACAGUUCAUGGAAACAGACAUCGACCAACUUCUUGAAAAGAGCGCCACAACAGUGACGUAUGGUCCAAACCAAACUAAUCUGAGCAAUGGUCUUGGAAGUUUCAGCAAGGCGAGUUUCGUUGCCGAUACAGGAGACGGUGAAAAGGACGUUGACUUGGACGACCCUGACUUUUGGCAGAAAGCGGUCGGUCUCGAGAAACCAGUUGAGACAACUGAAGAAGUUGCUCAAAUGCUCGACGACGGUGUCAAAAGGAGCCGAAAACAAGUCCAAGUAUAUGACCCAUAUGCUGAGAUUGCUGAAAUGGAGCAACGGAAGAUUGAGGAAGAAAAGCUGAGGAAAGAAGAGGAGAAAGAGGAACGAGAGAGGGCGAGAAAGGAAAAGAAAAAACGAAAACAGGUUGAGAAGGAGCAAAAAAAGAAAGAAAGAGAGGAAGCUCGCGAACAAAAAGUCGAUGCAAAGACGGCUGAGAAGGAACUAGAAAAGGAGGCAAUCCAAAAGAAACAAUCCAAGGACGCAAAGCCUAAGAAGGCAAAGAAGAUUCCUGACAAGUCCCGACUUUCAAAGCGCCUCGAGUUGGAUAACCCAGAUUAUUCCCUGAAGCAAGGUUGGGAUGUGCCCCAGAGAAAUCGUGCUGUUGCUGCUUUCUUGAGGUUCGGAUUCUCAAGAUUUUGUCGUAUCCGAAGUGAAUCAAACCUCACAAGUCUCCCGAUUCACGACUUUGAGGUCUUCUGUCGAUCUUACUUCUUUCAGUUGUCUCUUCAAGCUGCUGUUCCGAUUAUGCAAAUGCUGAAAGAUGAGUCCGCAAUGCUGAAGGAACGAAGUGUGAAGGAUCUGAUACACGAGUUCCUAGGAACAACAUUUUCGCAUAAGGAAGCAGACUGGAUUUGUGACUGUCUCUCCAAUGGCAUGCGUUCUUUUCUGGAUGUAGAAAGGAACCGCAAAUUUCUCCGUUUGCCAAAAACUUUGGCUGAACCUUCAUUCGUUGAAGAGUUGCGCCGAGGUUCAGCUCUUCGGUCGCUAAGGCGAAUGUUCCUUCUUUGCCGGGUUCAACGGAUAAUUGAAGACUGUAGUGAUAAAGUCAUUGGGAAACUUGGCCAUGAGCAACUGGCUCAAAGAGGUUGCCAAACUUUUAGUCUAUCAACCUUGGACUCAGAUUUGAAGGCAAGACUAGUCAGCACAGAGGAGCUGGCACUAACACUUGGCUUGUACCUGCAAGGAAUGGAAGGCACAUCACCUGUUGCAUGGUGGGAUCGGAGCUGUGACAUUGCUUUGCUCAUCGGUACUUUUGUCCAUGGGUUGGGGAACUAUGACUCCAUGUUAAGUGAUUCUUCGCUUCCUUUCGGCUUUCGUAUCAAGAAAUAUGCAAAAAUCGACGAGGCGUGUGUUGCUGCUCAGAAGCGCUUUGAAGAUGCGACUGAUGCUGCCCGGCAAGUUUUCGAUGAAUCCCUGGAAGCGUUCGAUUUGAGGGAAGAAAAGAAGAACCUCGCAAUUAUUUCAGCUGCAGCUGCAAACCAAACAGCACUGGAGAAAGACGCCCAAGCUUUACGAGAGGGUGGGGCAGCAGCAGACGCUGUGCUUAGCAAGAUGCCUGAUCAGGCAAGAGGGAAUCGGUAUGAGAUCGUUAAUGGCGAUGAUGGCCAUUUUGUAACACUGAAGAAGCUACGAGAAAAAAUGCGCAGCGUGAUCAGGAAGUGUGACAGCGACAGUGACGCGAGCGCAAAAGACGUCAAUCCAAGUGCAUCGGAGGGAAAAGUUGAAAAUUCUGGCACCACAGGCAGUGAUGCUAAAAGUCGUCGAACCCAAAUUCGUCAUGCUUUAUUGAUGCCAGAUGCACGGGUUUUGUCUCACAGGUUACAGCAAUUGGUGGAACAGGUAGAGACUACCAUGUACAACGAUAACGAACGUGCAAUGCAAGUGGACCGACAGCCGAGUACUGCUUCUAUUUGGCCGUCUUCAGAAGCGGCAUCAGCAAGUCGGGAGAUCAAAUCUCGCUCCUUCUCCCUUGUCUUUGGAGUGGAUUCGCCGAGCAACAACGAGAACGAUGUAUUCACGGGGGUUGGUACCAGCGGUAGUCAAUGCGCCGUUUCUCAUCGAAGUUUAAAUGAUGGGACCGAUUACUGCAACGGGGCUGCAAGUUCGGAACUUGCUCAUGUCGCUUGUGGAACUUCGCGUUAUUUGAGAGCAAUCGGAGUUCCAAUAAAUUUUACGAGGUUUGCGGUUUCUGCUCUGAUUCAUGCUGAUGGACAUUGCGUUCAAAAAGUCAUUGAAUCCGAGAGAGCUAGGAGCAAAACAGAUAGCUCAGCUGAAGUUAAGCACAGCAAGAAUGCGCCUAACGGCACCGAGGCGAAAGGGGAAAAAGUAAGUGACAACGGUGUUGCUGCGGACGACAAAGGACUGGCUGGCAGCGAAUUGGAGCAAAAAUUGAAAGUGGAUGAAAUGGAUAUUGACGGUUUCGAAGCUCCUAAAGAUGAUAUGAAAAAUGGUCACAAAGACAACGGCUCCUCAGUCAAUGACACUCCGGUCAACCCACUGGUUUCAAAGUCUUUCACGGCGAAUGCCAAGUUGCGAGCUAGUGUUUGCAGCGUUGUCCUUCACUUCGGAUUUUUUCACUCAGAUAACGACAACUCGAAAGUGGAACGGCUUCUCUGGAAUAGCAUCAGAGAGCACUGUGGUGAAUUUGAUGAAAAUGACCCAGCGCCAUUGUUCAGUGGCGAACACUUUCGUAAGCGCGUCAUUGAGUUGCUUGACGAUGAUCAAGUUCCAAGUGUCAAUGAGUUGAAAGAGUACAUUGAGUCUUGCCUUCUUCCGCAUUGCCUCCGGCUAUGUCUAAUGGGAAAUGGUCCUUACUCUACUGGCGCUCGGGGAAGCAACGGCAAGUACGGCACUGCUCAAGGCACAAGCCUAUACCCUGAGUACAGUGAGAAUCUGCAGUCUCCGCUCCCUGAUCCUUGUUUGGAGUUGAAGGAACAAUCCAUCGAAGCAUUGGGCGUGGCCUAUGCUAUCCUUCGACGUGUGCAAAUGAUGCGCUCCGCGUUUGCAGUCGCAAGUGGAAAGAUUUCCUUCGCCAAGAUUGACGACAUCCUCCAUUCGUCUUUCAUGAGAAAAUCAAUGAAUGGGUUGCCAGUGUGGUGGUGUCCAUGGAUACACGAUGCAGCGUUGCUGGUUCAUGCGAGUUCGAGAGGCCUCUUUUCAAUACUUCAAGAUCGUCACUCCAAGACACAGACAUCGGCAUUUUCUGUCAAGACCAUCCGACAACACAUGUAUUCUGUGUUUGUCGCUGAGAGUGCGCUUCCAUCAUCGAUUCUGGAGGAAUCACCUCCUGAGGAUUCCACCUCAUGGAUCGAGUUGCAAUCGAAAGAGUUUCCAUCGAUGCAUGUACUGGAGCAGCGUCUCGCCUUUCUCUGUGCAGAGGCAUCGGCGACCCUGGAUGCUGAUGAAGUAUACGAUUGUCUACCAAUGUUUGAUCACGGAAGUUGGCCAAGACUAUCAUGA